GGAGAGGCGGCGGUGGCGGAGGCGGCAGCGUUGUUUUGGUGAGGGCGAGCCGAGAGGGGAGGGGAGGGGCUGCUGGCGCCGGGAGGCGCGGUUCCGGACCGGAGAGUAAGGCCUAGCAGGUGGAGCCGUGACGAGGUGGCCCGCCGGCGCCUGAGGAUGUGAGCCGGGAGGACCCGUCCACCCUCCGGAAGCAAGCAGGCAGGCAGGCAGGCGGGCAGGGAAGAGGACACUUCUUCGGCGGACGAGAUGCACCAUGGCCUCGGUGAAGGUGGCCGUCAGAGUCCGGCCCAUCAACCGCAGGGAAAAGGAUCUCGAUGCUAAAUUUAUUAUUUCAAUGGAGAAAAAUAAAACAACAAUUACAAAUACCAAGAUACCAGAGGGAGGGACUGGAGACAUGGGACGAGAACGAACGAAAACUUUUACUUAUGAUUUCUCUUACUUCUCAGCAGAUCCUAAAAGUCCAGACUAUGCAUCUCAGGAAAUGGUCUUUAAUAACCUUGGCACUGAUGUUCUCAAAUCUGCUUUUGAAGGUUAUAAUGCUUGUAUUUUUGCAUACGGACAGACUGGAUCUGGCAAGUCUUAUACAAUGAUGGGAAAUGCUGGGGAUGCUGGUUUAAUACCUCGGAUUUCUGAAGGACUGUUUAACCAAAUCAAUGAAAAAACAAGAAGGAAUGAAGCCUCAUUUCGGACAGAAGUCAGUUACCUUGAAAUUUACAAUGAACGUGUCAGAGACUUACUGAGGCGCAAAUCUUCAAAAACAAAUAACUUAAGAAUUCGUGAACAUCCAAAAGAAGGUCCAUAUGUUGAGGACUUGUCUAAGCACUUAGUGCAAAAUUAUAGUGAUGUAGAAGAACUUAUGGAAGCCGGAAACAUAAAUCGGACCACUGCUGCCACUGGAAUGAAUGAUGUUAGCAGUCGAUCCCAUGCCAUUUUCACUGUCAACUUUACUCAGGCCAAAUUUGAUGCUGAAAUGCCGUGUGAGACUGUAAGCAAAAUACAUUUGGUAGACCUUGCUGGAAGUGAGAGAGCAGAUGCCACUGGUGCUACAGGUGUCAGAUUAAAAGAAGGAGGGAAUAUUAACAAAUCCCUAGUUACUCUGGGAAAUGUCAUUUCUGCCUUAGCUGAUUUAUCUCAGGAUGCCUCAAACCCUGUUACAAAGAAGAAGCAAGUAUUUGUGCCUUACCGAGAUUCUGUUUUGACAUGGCUUUUGAAAGAUAGCCUAGGAGGGAAUUCUAAAACAAUCAUGAUUGCAACUAUUUCACCUGCUGAUAUUAAUUAUGGAGAAACCUUAAGCACCUUGCGUUAUGCCAACCGGGCUAAAAACAUAAUCAAUAAGCCUACCAUUAAUGAGGAUCCAAAUGUGAAGCUAAUCCGUGAGCUUCGAGCUGAAAUAGCCCGACUGAAGGCUCUGCUUGCUCAGGGGAAUCAGAUUGCUCUUCUAGAUUCUCCAACAGCAUUAAGUAUGGAAGAAAAACUUCAACAGAAUGAAGCAAGAGUGCAAGAGCUUACUAAAGAAUGGACCAACAAGUGGAAUGAAACUCAAAAUAUUCUAAAAGAACAAACCUUGGCCUUAAGGAAAGAAGGAAUUGGUGUUGUGUUAGAUUCUGAGCUGCCUCACCUAAUAGGCAUUGAUGAUGAUCUUCUGAGCACGGGUAUCAUCUUGUAUCACUUGAAGGAGGGUCGAACACAUGUUGGAAGAGAAGAUGCUGCAACAGAACAGGACAUUGUCCUUCGAGGCCUUGAUUUGGAAAGUGAGCAUUGCAUCUUUGAACACUUUAAUGGAGCAGUUCACUUAAUACCACUCCGUGGAGCUCAGUGUUCGGUGAAUGGAACUCAAAUUGCAGAAGCAACACAACUCAACCAAGGUGCUGUUAUAUUACUUGGAAGAACAAAUAUGUUUCGUUUCAAUCAUCCCAAGGAAGCAGCCAAAUUGAGGGAAAAAAGAAAGAGUGGAUUGCUUUCUUCCUUCAGUUUAUCCAUGUCAGAUCUUUCAAAAUCUUGUGAAAACCUUUCAGCAGUCAUGCUGUAUAAUCCAGGAUUAGAAUUUGAGAGACAGCAACGAGAAGAACUGGAAAAAUUAGAAAGCAAAAGAAAGCUGAUAGAAGAAAUGGAAGAAAAGCAGAAAUCCAAUAAAGCCGAACUAGAAAGAAUGCAACAAGAAGUGGAGUCGCAACGUAAGGAAACGGAGAUAGUUCAGCUGCAAAUCCGGAAACAAGAGGAGAAUCUUAAAAGGAGAAGCUUUCAUAUAGAAAGCAGGAUGAAAGAUUUGCUAGCAGAAAAGGAAAAAUUUGAAGAAGAGCGAUUGCGUGAACAGCAAGAGAUAGAGCUCCAGAAAAAGAAACAAGAAGAAGAAAUUUUUGCUAGAGUUACGGAAGAGCUUCAGCGAUUGCAAGAGCUCAAUCAGAACGAAAAAGCAGAGAAAAUGCAGAUUUUCAGAGAACUGGAAAAGCUAAAAAACGAAAAAGAGGAACAGUGUAUCAAAUUAGAAAUGGAAAAAAAGAGGUUGGAAGAACAAGAAAGAGAUCAAGUCCUGCUGGUGGCAAACUUAGAGGAGCAGCUUAGAGACAAACAAGUCAUGGUGCAGCUUCUCAAAAGAGGAGACGUGCAAAGGGUUGAAGAAGAACAGAGGAACCUUGAAGACAUCAGAGAGUCUCUGUUGCGCGUUAAAGAAUCAAGAUCUGAAGGAGAGGAAGAUGGUGAAGAAUUAGAAAAGAUACAGCAGAAUUUCAUUGAUUUUAAAAAGAAACAGCUAGAACAGCUAACUAGUAUAGAAAGAGACUUGUUUCAACAAAGAAGUAAUUUAGAAAAAGAAAUAGCUGAUGAAUGUGAAAAUCUGGAGAGUUUAAAUCACACAUAUGCAAAGCACUUGUAUCUUGAAAGAAAUAAUGGAAGCACAUUGGAGCCUGCAUUAGCUGUUGAAGAAUGUAACAAAAUAAAAUUGGGUGAGUAUAGGCUACAGUAUAAAGAGCGGCAGCUCCAGUAUCUGAUCGAUAAUCAUUUGCCAGCUUUGUCGGAAGAAAAGCAAAGAGCCUCUGAAGUACUUGACAGAGGCUGGCAAGGCUUGGACAAUACUCUAUAUGAAGUUGAGAAAGAGAUGGAAGAAAAGGAAGAACAGCUUGCACAGUACAAGGCCAGCACCAGCCAAUUGCAGCAGCUUCAAGAAACAUUUGAAUUCACUGCCAACGUAGCUCGUCAAGAAGAAAAAGUGAGGAAAAAGGAGAAAGAAAUACUUGAAUCAAGGCAAAAACAGCAACGAGAAGCACUGGAGCAAGCAGUGGCAAAGUUAGAAAGGCGACAUUCUGCUCUGCAGCGUCAUUCUACCAUAGAAAUUGAGGAGCAAAAACAGAAACUCGCAAAUUUGAACAGCAGUUGGAGUGAACAGGCAGGCUUGCAAGCUACUCUAGAGGCAGAGCAAAAAGCAUUGGAACAAGAACAAGAACAUUUGGACUUGAAAAUACAGCAGCUGAAGCAGAAGAUAUAUGAAGGUGAUGCAGUUGAAAAAGCUAUUGGAGCCAUAGAAGAAAGAUCACCUCAGCUCAGUUCUCCUUCUGAUGUGACAAAAUCUCAGUCACAUUUUAUUCCACUGGUUGAUGAUAGAAUAAAUGCCUUUAUUGAGGAAGAAGUUCAAAGACGCCUUCAAAACAUUCAAUAUAGUUCUGGUGAGAAUGGUAGUGAUCUGUUGCAUUCUACAGAAUUUAUAAAGGAUAACGAGAAAUUUCAUAAUGGUGCUCUUCAACGCAAGUUGAAGUAUGAGAAAGGACAGCCCUGGUUGCCUCUUUAUGACUUUCUCGGUAUCUCUAACGAUGACAGCCAAUGUCAUAAGCUGGUUGGUGAAGAUACAAGAAUAACAGGCUUCAGUAAUCAGGAGGAACAUUUAGAUAGAUUUGAUCCCUAUUGGAGAACAAUUUUGCCCUUGUACGUAUCUCAAGAAAAUGCAAAUAAAAGGAGUUUGCUAGGAUGGGAGAAUAUCAGUUACCUCUGCUAUAAUGAAUGCAAAUCAAAUCAAGCAAAAGUCACAAUGAGCAAAAAAACUUGCUUUAAAUAUUCCCCAGAAACUCCUCCUCAAAUGCAUGACGGAUGUAAAGUUAGUCUUUUGCUGGAUGAAAAAGCAGCACUCAGUCAUUCUGGAAAUGCAAGCGUAACUACUACUUCUUGGCAAUUCCAUAGCUCAGAUACAGAACUUGAUUCUUUUCGUAGCCACUGUGUUCCUCCCUCAGAACUUUCUAUUUCUGCUAAACACCAGUCUGCCAGUUGCCUUUCUCUAGCAUUCAGAGAAUGCUGUGAUGAUAUUUCCGGAAUUUGUGAGCAGAUCCCAGAUGAACAGUUGAAUGAAAGGACUACAAAUGCCAGCCAAGGACGUUGCCAUGACUCACAUACACGAGCAAGAGAAAGUUAUACUCUGGAACAUCUGUUUGGCAAAUUCUCCGAUAUAUGCAGUCAUACCAAUUAUCACAUAUCUAAGAGUAGCUGGUUUUCAAAACCAAUCAAAGAUCUAGUCAAUCUCUGUAAAGAAAGUAAGACAUAUACACAGGUGGCAUCAUUUAUUAAAAGCUUUCAAUCUGCUAAAAAGAAGCAGUUUGAUCUGGUUUUAGGUAUGCAGAUGGCUGCAAGCAUCAGUCCAGAAGUUCCUUUGCAGAAAGAAAAUGCCAUGAAGUUCUUGACUUCAGAAAUCUCACUUGAUCUGUGUAUAGCAGAUCACAUUGAGGAGUCUAGCAAUUCUUUCAGAAACAAAGAACUGAAAAUAAGCCAUGUGUUUCAACAGAAUCUUGUAAACUUCUCAGACGAGCUUCUGAAAUUGCAGCAAUGUCCUUGGGAUGAACUGCUUCAGAAUCUGACUUGUGUCUUGCCAGAAAUUUGUGCCACACCUGCUGAGUUGAAAGGAAUAUACUGGAUUGCAGUGGGAAACUAUAAAAAAACUGGCCCAGAACCUGCAUGCUUGCUUUUAUUUGGUUCUGUUUUGUAUGCCAUUCAAUCAUCAGCUGGUCAACUUGAGGACACUCUGAAAAUUUUUCAUGUUCUUCCAAUGGGUACAUUAAGAGAAAUCCAAAUUGGUUACGCUGGACAGAGCAUCCAGCUUCUGUGUUCCAGUGAAGAAAAUGGAAUGAAACUAUUUACCUUUAACAAAUACUUCACACAAAGAAUAUGCCAUGACAUACUUAGCAUUUUGAUUUCGUCAUCAGAUUAUGCUGAUUUAGAUCACCCCCUCCUCAAAGAAGAUCUCUUGAAACUUUCGCUAGACUGGAAUUCAGCAAUCACUGAUUUGGUUUUAGACAGUGGUCUGCGCCUCACCUGUGAUUUUCAGAAUAAUUUAGCAGAUCUAGUUUACUUGUUCCAUGAGAAUAUGGAAAGCAACAGACCUUCUUUAGGAGAAGUUAAGAUACUGCUCUAUGCCACAGUGAAAGUAGAGGGUGAAAUAAGAUCACUAGUCCUUACUAAUACUCAUAUAGGACUUAUAUGGGAAGAUAGUUUCUUUGGCCCAGUUCAUGCAGCUUUACAUUCCCUUGCUGAUCAAUCACAAUUUGACAGAAUUCAGUUGCACUGUUUGAGUGAGCUCAGGCUUGUGGUUGUCCCAGAGAAAGAGAAUCUAAUGCAAAUUGAACUUGUGUUUACUAAGGCAAGUAAGAUUGGCUGUGAUUUAGCCAGCACGUCAUCUUGCCUUUUUCAAAGAGAAAAACAGAUUCAGUUGAGUCAUGUUUCCUCCUGUUGCCUUGUCCAUCCUAGUACCCAAUCAUGUAUCUGGAGACUGACUUUCAGUUCAACUGAAGAUGUUCUUAGGCUAAUGUUGCAUUUGACAGGACAAUAAAUCUGAAUCCUUUAGAUUUUUGAAAUUUAGGUACAGUAGUUCUAAAAUCCAGCACUGUGGGAGGGGAGAAUACAGAUAAGUCAAAUAUAUUUGUUUGUCUUACCUGAAAGUAUCUUUCAUGAGACAUAUAAUAGGUUUUAAAAAGCAAGAUUGCAUUCUGAAGAAAACUUCCUUAGCAGAAUUUAAAUUCAUAGUUCUUUUUUACUAUAUCCAAGAUUAACUGAGAAUUAUUUUUAACUGUUAGUGUCAAGAUUCAAUUUAAAGUAUUUAAACUGUACAGUAGGAGAGGAGGAGAGACAGCUCUUUAUAUGCUGAUUAGCAUUCUCAGGCUUGCAGCUCUUCAUAUUAAAAUAGCUGCAUACACUGCAUUUGUAUGCAGGUAUAUUGGAUAGUUUGAAUUCAAAACACUUCUAUAUUUGGGAAGCUAGCUUUAGUUUUGGAAUAUGUUGGCAGUUUGGUGUUAAUUGGGAUCGAGAUAAGUACCGACCAAAAAAGAUUGCUACCACAUCUUAAAUAUGAACAUAUUCAUUGUAGCAUAAGCUUUCUUGGACACUGGGACAAGGAUAUCAUGGACAAGAUAGGCUACCACCGACAGACCCAAAUGUAUGUUUGUCCCUAUGCUCUGUUUAAGGAAGGUCAUUUGAAAGGGGUAAUUUCCCUGCAGGAAGAAUUACUGAGCAGUGAUUUCCUCUUCUCGUUCUGAUUUCUUUAUCAUGAAUAAAAUUCUUGUUCCUUUCCCAUUAUUUGGUGCAUGAUCUUUCAUUCAGAUUUCCAGGAUCUUCUUUGUUGUAUGCUGUUAAUUUGCAGAUUACUUGCAUCUUAGUUUGUUUCAUAAGGUAUGUGUUCUGUAUUCCAAUGUAUCUACUGAGAUAAAAAAAUUUGAUCAGCA